AUGCUGUGUGGAGAAAUAGCUGUAGUCUAUUGUUGGGUUGAAAUCGUUCAGAGUCCGUUUGAUUCCUUCAUUUGCAGUGAGCGGUCCGUAUUGGCAGUGGUUGGUCUCUGUCAUCCUGAGACACUCUUCUUUCGAAAUCGGGAGUGUCUCGCUGGUGGUCACAUUCCUUCCUUCCCCGAUUAAGUUUUCCCAGUACUCUACCUUCUGUCUUAUAAUGACACACCUACUUGCCUUGACUUCCCUGGCUUCCGUAUUUACC